CAGUAGCUCCACAGCUGCAACAAGGAAGCUGACUGAGUGAUGAGCUACAGGGAAAACAUGGCGACCGGUUAUGCGUGGUUGUUAGUGUUGGGCUCGGUUUUUCUGUGCAAUCUAAUGAAAGCACUUCUCCCUUCCAUUUCCUCUUAUCUAUCGAAGAUGGUGCAGAAAGACGCCGUGCAAGAAAGUGAGAUGAGGGCUGAAAUCCAGGAGAUGAAAAAGGAGCAAUCCUCUAUCAGCAUGAUGGAUGAGUUUGCCAGAUACGCUAGAUUGGAGCGUAAAAUUAACAAAACAACAGACAAGCUUAAAACACACGUCAAAUCAAGAACUGCUCAACAAGCCAAAAUGAAAUGGGUUGUGAACAUUGUCUUUUAUAUCCUUCAGGCUGCUCUGAUGAUUUCAUUGAUAUGGAAGUAUUACUCUGAUCCAGUCACUGUGGUUCCCAGUAGAUGGAUUGCUCCCGUGGAGCGCCUUGUGGCUUUUCCAACAGGAGUAGCAGGUGGAGUAGGAAUCACAUGCUGGCUGGUGGUUUGCAACAAAGUAGUCACACUGGGGCUGAAUGCUUUCAGCUAGGGACGUGCUGCAGCAUUGUGCUCAUACUUUUUGGGAUAUAAAAGCUCCAUCUGCUGAUCAGAAUGUAAAAAUGCAGAGCAUUUUUUCUGUCUCCAUUUGCAGUGUUAAUUUAUUGUAGUUUAGACUUGAAUGUUUUUAUUAAAUGAUUUUGAGUUAAAUUAUGCAUGUGGGUGUUGUAAUGACAUAAGUUGACAUUUCUUUUUAAUAAAAAGAGACAAAAAAUGUG